AUGUCUACCCACGACGAUACUGUCCGCAAUCCGGCGGCCGAAUCCAUCCCCGAGGCCCCUGAUGCAGCUGAGGCUGCGGCCGAGCAGCCUGGCCCAACGACGACGGGUAAUGCUCCAGCCAAGCCCGAGGAGGCAACGCCGGUCAAGCCUGCAGCUUCACGAUCUACCGCGGUAGCUUCCAAGACAACGACGAAGCCCGCAGCAUCCAAGCCGGAGCCCACGAAGCCUCGGACAACGACCAAGCCUGUAGCCACAACAAGAGCUACUGGAGGCGUGACUGCUGCUAAGAAACCGGCUCCUGUCAAGAUUGGUGCAAAUGACACGGGCUUCGUGAAACCAAAACCGAAAUCUCCUACCAAGCCUGUGAACCUGCCAUCGUCUUUGAUGGCCCCAACAGCCGCUUCUGCCCACAAGGGCGGCGCCAGUCGACAGUCGAAUCUUCCCCAGUCCGCCAGCGCACAUGCUGUUGGCGCUUCUGCCGCGUCAAAGCCCGUGAAGCGUCAGAACUCUGCCGCAACUCGUCAGCGACCCAGCCUAGGAGUUCCUUCUGUCAGCAAACUCUCACAAGAGUCAACCUCUCACAAGAGACAGAGCCAUGUUGACGAGGGCUUCCUUGCGCGUAUGAUGCGUCCUACUGCAGCGUCAUCUAGCAAGACUACGGAAAAGGGAACUCCUACCACCCCACCAAAGAAGUCCGCGCCGCGCCUUUCAAACGUUGGUGGCGAAAACGUGAAGCGCCCCGCUAAGAGCCCUGUGCCUAACCGUGCCGCCUCUGUUGCCCGAUCUAGAGAAGUCACUUCACGGGCUGAAAAAGUACCUGCUAAGCCUGCAACCGCCAAGACAGCAUCGUCCAUAGUCAAGGCAGCUGCUGUUCCUGCAGCUGCAGCCACCACCGCCGUCGCUGGUGCUGCUGCAGUUGCUGGCAAGGUGAUCACUGACUCCACUGCGUCCAAGCUUGCCGACAAGCUUCAAGAUGUCGGAAUUGAGGAGCCAAAGGAGGAGCCAAAGCAGGAAAUGAGCAACGCACCAGAGGCUGACCAUCUACCCGUCGCUGAACAUGAUCUCGAAGCUGAACAACAGCCCAAGCCGGAGCCUGAGCUCGAGGCGGAACCCGAGCCUGAGGAGCUGGCCGAGGACGUGCCUGUGGAAGACGUAGAGCCCGAAGCUGAGUUUGAGAAGCAACCCGAGCCUGAGCACGAGACUCUGGAGGAGCCUGCGGAGGAGCCCGUGGAGGAGUCUAUCGUGGAGGAGUCUAUCGUGGAGGAGUCUAUCGAAGAGCCCGCGCAAGAGCUUGAAACUGUCGAAGAUACCCAGCGCGAAGUUGAAGAGGAGCACGAAACCCGUCCCGCCGAACACAUCGAUGAGGCCCAGCCUUCUACUCAGGAGGAAGAGCCUGCUGCAGCAAUCGUUGCCAAGGAGCCCCUCAAGGAGGAACAGUUUGCCCAUGAAGAGCCUGCGGCCCUUGAGGAGCUUGCUCUUGAAGCUGCCCAGGUCGAGACUGCCGAAGAGGUGAUGGAAAUCGCUGAAGGGGCUGAUCCUGAACCCCCUGCCAGCCUAGACAAUGCCACCAGACCUACGCAGCCCGUUGUUGAGCACGCCUCAACUGAGAAAGGCAUUGUGCAUAAUGGUCAUCUUGAUAAGGCCGGCGUUGCUGCUGAUGCUGAGCCUACCCCUACCCUGCCGAAGCUUGCCGAACACACUCUGGAGCACGCUGAGCACGCCGAGCCUGCCGCUGAUGAGUCUGUCUGCAAGGAUGCUAACACGGCCGCGUAG